GGAGAGGCCGACUCCAUAAUGGUCUAUAUUACCUGGAACCGUCAAAAGGUGAGGAGGUAACAGCGUCAGCUAUUUUUGGUCCUGAUUUAUGGCACCUACGGUUGGGGCAUGCUUCUGACGGAAAACUCCAACACAUCGGGUUUCUCAAGGGUUUUCAUCGUGACAGUAAUUUUUGUGACCCCUGCGUGCGUGCCAAGCAAACCCGCCUUUCUUUUCCCGAAAGCACAAGUAAGACUUCUUGUUGUUUUGAAUUGAUACAUUGUGAUAUAUGGGGAGGAUAUAGGUGUGAUUCUACUUCCGGAGCACGUUAUUUUUUAUCCAUCGUAGACGAUUUCACUCGAGGUGUUUGGGUUUACCUUAUGAAGAAUAAAUCGGAAGUUUGUCAGCAUUUGAUACAAUUUUGUAAUAUGGUGGAAACUCAAUUUGAAAAACGAGUUAAGCGAAUACGAUCAGAUAAUGGAUUGGAGUUUCAGACUAAACCAUUAUUUGAGUAUUAUGGACGUCGUGGAAUUAUUUGUGAGACGUCGUGCACAGAUACUCCCCAACAAAAUGGGGUUGUAGAGCGCAAACAUAGACACAUUUUGGAGGUCGCUAGAGCACUUCGUUUUCAGUCGGGGUUACCUAUUGAUUUUUGGGGAGAAUGUAUUCUUACCGCGGUUUACAUAAUAAAUCGGCUACCCUCACCCAUUAUUUCAAAUAAAAGCCCUUGUGAAAUGCUAUUUGGAAAAAUACCUAGCUAUGAACACUUACGGGUAUUUGGGUGCUUGGUGUAUGCACACGACAACAAACGUAAAGAUAAAUUUGGUGAAAGGGGGAGUCCGUGUAUUUUUCUUGGAUAUCCCUAUGGUCAAAAGGCCUACAGAGUUUUUGAUUUACGAAAGCAGGACAUUUACAGCUCGAGGGACGUGACUUUCUUUGAAAAUGAGUUUCCAUUCAAAUUAAUAGAACAAGAAGGGCAUGAUUUUGGAUUUAUAGUUAAUCAGGUCUACAACAAAGUAAUUGAAAAUUGCAGCACUUCUCACGUUCAGCCAAAGCCACGUUCUCGACAUUUACAAGAAGGAUUUGACCUCCCAUCCACCAGGUCACCCUCAGAUUAUUAUUCACCGAUGAAAACACCUUCUGGACGAGUGGAGCCGCCCAACUGCCAUCCUACUACUCCUUCGCCGAAAGUCUCACAUGAGACUAAUUGGCGUCCUGGUCCGCCAGUUGUAUGCCCUCCCAUCUGCAGACGUCAAGACCAACAACAGGAGAAGGACUGCACGGAUGUGGAUACUGGGUCAGCUACUUGUCCUCUUGUGCCCGCCGAACAAGUUAAUUUUCGGCCAUCUACUCUUGAACGCAGCAAUCAAAUAGAUGUUGGGCCAGAUCCCCUUCACAUAGCAUCUUCUGGACGGCCCCAUAAUAUGGCAGCCCCUUGGCUUCACUCACCUACCGCUCAUCUCCCUUCUCCGCAAGCUGUCAGCAAGGAUCAGGACGAUAAUGGGGCUUUGGAUAGUGAAUUUGAAUCAACUGAUUUCGUGCCUACGACAAAUGAGGUUAGAAGAAGUGACAGAAUUAGGAGGCUCCCUUCACACUUGGCUGCCUUCGAUACGGACUUACCGCCCUCUUUGACUCACUCCAGGCCCGCCAAUUCGGCGGGCUCCACACAAUAUCCCAUUUCUAACUUUCUAAAUUAUGAAAGGUUUUCAACCAAACAUAGAGCAUUUUUGGUCGCCAUCUCUUCACAUAAUGAGCCAAAAACAUUUUCUCAGGCUGUUCAAAAUCCAUUAUGGCGGGAAGCUAUGCAAAAGGAGAUUCAAGCUUUAGAAGAAAAUGGUACGUGGACUCUGGUUCAUCUACCGUCAAACAAAAAAUUAGUGGAUUCCAAAUGGGUUUAUAAAAUCAAGUAUAAACCAAACGGAGAAGUAGAACGCUACAAGGCUAGAUUGGUUGCAAAAGGUUUCACACAAGUUGAAGGAGUUGAUUUUCAUGAAACUUUUGCUCCAGUUGCCAAACUGGUCACGGUACGAUGCCUAUUAGCGGUAGCAGCUAAGAAACAUUGGGAAGUUCACCAAUUAGAUGUGAACAAUGCUUUCCUUCACGGAGAUCUUUCUGAGGACGUUUACAUGCGUGUUCCUCAAGGUUUUUCCAAAAAUGGAGAUACUCGUGUUUGCAAAUUACAAAAGUCACUCUAUGGUUUACGACAAGCAUCUCGUAAUUGGUAUCACAAAUUUACCCAAUCACUGCUGAAAGUUGGUUUUCGUCAAUCUCAUGCGGACCAUUCUUUAUUCAUUUUCAGAAGAGGUCUCGUCCAGACAUUUGCUCUCAUAUAUGUUGAUGAUGUAAUUCUAGCCGGAAAUGAUGUCUCCCACAUCAAUGAUACUAAACGACAUCUGGAUGAAAAUUUUAGCAUAAAAGAUUUGGGUCCGCUAAAAUACUUUCUUGGUAUUGAGGUUGCUCGCUCUCCAAAGGGUUUUGUGCUAAGUCAAAGAAAAUAUACCCUUGACAUCCUGAACGAAUGCGGUCUCCUAGCCGGUCGUCCUAGUUUGUUUCCUAUGGAACAAAAUUUGAAACUUCGACCAGAUGAUGACAGCCCACUCGUAGAUGCUUCAUCAUAUCGUCGUUUGAUCGGACGUCUAUUAUACCUCACCGUCACUCGCCCUGACAUUGUCUUCUCAGUCAGUCAACUAAGCCAGUUUCUCCAUAAGCCGCGCCAAACUCACCUUGAUGCCGCUAUACGUGUUCUUCGCUAUUUGAAACAAACCCCAGGACAAGGCAUUUUUCUCUCUGCUGAUGGAGAUUUUACAUUAAAGGCGUAUUGUGAUGCAGACUGGGCAGGAUGUUCUUUCACUCGCAGAUCUAGUACUGGUUAUUUUAUCGCUCUUGGGAGUUCACCGAUUUCUUGGAGAACAAAGAAACAAUCUGUCGUUUCACGGUCUUCCGCGGAAGCAGAAUAUCGUGCCAUGGCCGUAACUGUUAGUGAAAUCUUGUGGUUACGAUGGUUGCUGCGAGAUCUCACGGUUCAUCAGUCCAGUCCUACAUCCCUCUUCUGUGAUAAUCAAGCAGCACGUCAUAUUGCACUUAACCCUGUUUUUCAUGAACGCACCAAACAUGUUGAAAUAGACUGUCAUUUCGUACGGGAACGCGUUGCUAGUGGGGAAAUAAAUCCAUGUUAUAUCUCCACUACACAUCAGACAGCAGAUAUUUUUACUAAAGCACUUGGCACUGAUCGUUUUCAGUUUCUUCGCAACAAGUUGGGUGUUUGUGACCUUCACACUCCAACUUGAGGGGGAGUAUUGAGAGUUGUUUUUUUUUAUUUGCACCAUUUAUUAUUCAGGGCCCACUUGUAUAUGUAGGGUUCCUAGUUUCUAUAUAUUAUAGCUAUGUAUAUGUGUGCAUGUAUUGCAUUUUACGUAUGAAGAAAUACUAAGAGGACUCACACUUGUGCCUCUCUAUGUAAUAAUAUUUCUUCUCUAUUGUAAAAUUGUUCCUUAGUUCCAUUUAUAUAUAUUCAUAAAUUUCAGUUUUAACACCUGUGGUGCGGGACCAACAACAUGGGGACUGCGUAAUUACGCCAUUCCCGCUUCUUUUUCAUGUCAAAAACAUAACUUUUGAAUAAUGACUGCCACCGCUUGCAGACCGCCCCAAAGUGAAAAAGAUUUCUGGGGGAUUCCAACUUGUCUAGGACCACUGAAACACAUAGUUCUGGGAGAUACUCCCAGCAGCAGGCUUCAUGAUUUUCCAUGAAAGGUUUCGAUCUAUUUUAUUGAAAAACAAAAACAUCCGCUAAAACCCCACCGCAAUUACCAUAUGUUUUCAAGCGAAAAAGUUUACCGUACGUUACACUUUAUAUGUUGCAGAAUCUAGAGACCAUAGAAACUUACUAUGUAAAUAAUCGCGGAGAUUUCUAUUAGAGGGAAACAAAAUCACA